AUGGAAAACAGUGAGCAAAUUAUAUUGCCGAGUACUAGUCGUACUAUUUACACAACUCGGAUACCUCGAACGCGAGGAAGAAAACGCUUUAGUUUAGGUAUUAGUUCUGUACCAGUAGAAGAGGAAGAGGAACCUAUUGAAACAUUAACAGAAUUAUUACGUAAAACAUGGACCAUUUUUGGAGUAUCUACAUUAUUUAAUUUCCACCAUGAUGAAGUACAUUUGAAGCAGUACUCAAAACGAAUAAGGGAAGAAGUGGCAACAAAUAUAGCACAAGAGGAUGUUGCUUAUACAGCAAAAAUGUUUGUUAUGAAUGAUGUAACAGUAAGACCUAGUCCAACGGAUCCACCACCAAUAAAGAUUACAGUAUAUGCAAAAAAGUAUAGUGAAGAAGAUACUACAGAAAAAUGUAUUUAUACAGGAAUGUUAUUAUCUUGGAGAACAGCUAGCAAUGAAUUAGUUACUCCAAAUUCUAUAAGAUUACCACUUCUAUUAUGCCGUGGCAGCCGAAGCAGUAUGGUAAUUGUUCACAAUGUGUUGAGUUAUAUGUUUGAUUGCUUGGUUAUGGCACUCCCUGUUCAGGAGGAUGAUUUGAUAUGGCUGGUUCCAAUUGUAAUUACUCCAGCUAUUGGAGAAGAGCAUCCAAAAAGUACAGGUGAAAUUCGUAUGGAAUAUAAAAUACCAGAACUACCUGACACAAAUGCAAUAAUAAUGAAGUUUCAAAUAUCAGAAUUAUUAAAAAUAUUAACAGUAAUUACGAGGGAUCGAAGUGAUGACGUCAGUAUUGAAAUUUCUUUUAAUUUAGAGCACAUAGAAAAAUUUCGUGAAAUUUUAUAUGAACAAAUAUCGCAGACUGCUUCUUUACAGCUAGGAUUAUGUAUAUUACGUAAAAUUAAUCUACCUUCAUUUACAAUCAUGGGAAACAAAAUGAAAGUAAUGAACGCAGAAACUAUGAAUCGUGUUUUAUUAUAUUUAAACGAAAAAGCUGUUGACAUUCUCCAUACAUUAAAUUUAGGAGUGUAA